CAACCUUUGCUGUAUCAGGAUGUCAUCAGAUAUUUAUUGCAAAGUAGAUUUAUCCGAGAAUAUCAGAUAUACCAAAAGGGAGCAAGAGAACACAGCAGAAUGGGAGGAGAGGGAAGUAAAUAUCUAUGAGUCUGCAGAAGAAUUUACUCACAAUAACAUAGUUUCUCAGCCUGAGGAGGAAGACCAACAGGCAAACAGACAGCCUGCAGUGGAGAGAAGUUCUGCCCGGAGAGCAAAACUGUGCAACAUACUGCCAUGGAGUUUUAUAUCAGCUGCAAUCAUCAUCUUAACCACAUACUUGAUUUUGGACAUGAAUAAAGUGAAGAACGGCUACGAUAAACAACACGUCAAACUUUCAGAAAUGGCAGCAAACAACAGUCAGCUUAAGGAGAGCUACAAUAUACUCAUUAAACAAUAUGACCAACUAAAAGAUGAAAUAAACAGACUAAAUUAUACAAUUAAAGAAACGUGGUGUCCUGAUGGAUGGACAAGAUUUCAAUGCAGCUGUUACUUUACAUCUGAGGAGAAGAAAUAUUGGUCUGAGAGCAGGAAAUACUGUCAGGAAAGAGGAGGUGAUCUGGUCAUUAUAAAGAGUAAUGAAGAACAGGAAUUUGUCAAAAAUCUAAAUAGAAAUCAAGAAUCCUGGAUUGGUCUGGAAGGCAAGUGGUUAGAGGGAAAGAUUGACUGGAGAUGGGUGGAUGGAUCAACACUGACACAAUCGUAAGUUUAAUCUUAAAUUUUACUCAAAUUUGUUCAACUGUUGAAAGGUAGAACAAUAUUAUUGUGUUGAUGGUGCCACUGUGUUGUCAUGGCCACAAAUA